AUGGUUCUAAUUUGCGUCGCCAUAGACUGUCCUUGGAGAGUGUACGCUGCACGGAUCGAUGGAACAGGGAAUUUUCAGAUAAGGCAAGCAACUUUCAGGCACUGCUGCUCGGUUGAUGCGAGGAGGAACUACCACAAGUUGGCAACAACACAAGUGAUUGGGGAGCUCAUACAAUCCCGAUUCAUCGGAAUCAAGCGAGGACCAACACCAGAAACCAUAAGAAAGAUUAUGCUGGACGACUACAACGUCAAUGUUUCAUACUGGAAAUCUUGGAGGGCACGUGAAAUUGCUAUGGAAAGUGUGUUAGGAUCUAUGGCCGGAAGCUACGCACUGAUGCCUGCAUACAUGGGCCUGCUAUUAACGACAAAUCCUGGCUCCCUCUGCGUCAUAGAAAAGACAGAGAGUGACGAUGGAGGUGUUCUUUUUAAGUAUGCCUUCAUAGCAUUUGGGGCAUCCAUCAAAGGCUACCGCUACAUGAGAAAAGUAAUUAUCAUUGAUGGAACAAGUCUGAAAGGGAAGUACGGAGGAUGUUUAAUGUCCGCUUGCGCACAAGACGGAAAUUAUCAAAUCUUUCCUCUUGCUUACGCGGUGAUGGAUAGUGAGAACGAUGAAUCAUGGGAAUGGUUCAUGAUGCAGCUUAGAACCUUUGUUGACAAUUCAGACGAGUUGGUUUUCAUAUCUGACCGCCACGGUAGCAUCUACUCUGCAAUAAACAAGGUGUUCCCCUCUGCAUCACAUGCGGCUUGCACAGUUCACUUGUGGAGGAACAUCAAGGCCCGUUUUAAAUCUAAAAGACUAGCCUCUCUUAUGUCGGCUGCAGCAAGAGCGUAUACUGUGGAAGGAUUCAAUAAGAAGUUUCUUGAUAUUCAACGUGCCAGCCCAGGGUGUGCAGGGUACUUGGUUGACAUAGGUUUCACUCAUUGGACACGCGCUCAUUUUCAAGGAGAAAGGUUCAAUAUAAUGGACUCAAAUAUUGCAGAAUCAUGGAAUUCAGUGUUGAAAGAAGCCAGAGAGUACCCCCUCAUCUCCAUGUGUGAGUACAUACGUACUACUAUCAUGAGUUGGUUUGCACUUCGCCGUGCAAAAGCUAUGGAGCAUAAGGGGGCACUAACGCCGAUGGUGCAACGCCAAGUGGAAGUCAACUUUGAGGCAUCGACAGCGUUGGCUGUAUGUGGUAUUAGCGAAACCGAGUUUCAAGUGAAGGCACAAACUGGAGAGUGUUUCUUGGUCAACCUCUUAGCUGGAACAUGUUCAUGCAAUGCAUAUGAGCAGUUACGAAUUCCAUGUCGCCAUGCAGUGGCGGCAGCUGGAAGAGCCAACAUCCCAACCGAGUCAUUGGUUGCAGCUGCGUACUUUGCGGACACGUGGCAUAGCGCGUAUGAGGCAAAGAUUUACCCAAUACCAUCUGUGGGGGGAAAAGAAGUAGGAGGAGAGUAUCACGGCGAUCUCCUACCGCCUGCGGUGAAGAGACCACCGGGGAGGCCACGAAAGGUGCGCAUUCUGUCGCGAGGUGAAGACAAGGCUUAG